UGGCUCAGAGCGCGGGACCCUGUAGUCUCAGCUCCGUCCAGGUCCUAGCGGGGCUCUCUCUGCUCGCUCCUCUGCCUGGAGGCCCACAAAGCGUAGAGGGUGGAAGGGAAGGCUAUGGGCAGCUCGCCCCCCGCCGUCGCGCUGCUUGUCCAGGCAAAUCAAGGGGGCAGUCGCCGGGCAGGUUCCCACAGAGGCAGAGAAAUCGGACUUGGGGAGGAUAGAGGACGGAGCACGAGGGCCGAGACCGGGACACUGUCUCUGGCAGGGCGUUUCUAGGGUGAUGGCUGCUGCUGCAGCUGCGCUGCACGUGCGAAGUCACCAGAAGGGGGGGGGAAUCAAGAUGCCCCGACGGCUGGGGGGUGGGAUCAUCUGCAGCAGUUGCCAGAUGCUCCCGCGUUGCCUCUUCAGCCAAUCAAAGGGAACCGCUGUUUCUCCCUCUCUCGGUCCACAUCUUCGUUUCGUGUCCGGCCUGUCUCGCCCCUUCCAGGAAGGCGCCCUACGCCUCUGCCUCGGGCAGCCUGGGGAACGGGGGUCCUGCUUGGUUGACUGGAGGAAGGGACUUGGAGAUGAAGGCGAUGGGGUAAAGCCCCACCUGCGAUUUCUGGGUCGGUUGCAUAUGGGGCUGGGCUCCAUAAGGACUUCUUCGGGCUGCCCAUAAUUUUUCUUCCGUUGUUGAUGUCCUUUUCAUAUCACUCUGCGAAGUCUUAGCACCCGACACAACAUUGCGAAAAAACAAUGAGGGGCAACUAUUCAAAGUAGACCAAAGGGAGUGAAGUUGAAUUAAAAGGGUUUUAUUUUGCAUGGGAAAUACGAGCGGUUUUUAAAUACUCAGAAACGCAACUUCUCGGUAUGCACACGGCUUUCGGCUGCCCCUGCAGCCCUGCUGGGAUCAUUUCGGGGGGAAAGGCAGAAUCUAAUCGAGGCUGCCCCUAAACUCGGGAAUUGACUAUAAAAGAAGACGGAAGUUUUGCCUCUUGUGUGUUUAUAGUGCAACGCGCUUCUUUGUAGCGCAGUUUCCGGCUCUCUGCCGGAAGUGGAACCCAUGUGCAUCUUCCUUUUGCUGCCAUGGCAGGAGUUGCGGGCGCGUCGCUCUGGCGACGCUUUAAGGAGGCAACAGUGAUUCUCGGUGGGGGCAGCCUGAUCUUCACCUCAUACCUGGUGGUCAAGGGAGAUGAGCACUUCUACGCUGCACAGCUGAUGCCACUCCUGCAGAGAGUGGUGGGGCCCGAGACAGCCCACAGACUGGCUGUGCGCUUUGUUGCUCUGGGGAUCCUGCCCUGCUCAAGCCAAGCUGACUCGGAUGCAUUGGCAGUGGAAGUCUUUGGGCGCCGGUUUCGGAACCCUCUUGGCCUGGCUGCUGGUUUUGACAAGCAUGGAGAGGCUGUAGAUGGACUCUACAAGAUGGGAUUUGGCUUUGUGGAGGUGGGGAGUGUCACCCCAGAGCCCCAAGAGGGGAACCCUAGGCCCCGUGUCUUCCGGCUGCCAGAGGACCAGGCCAUUAUUAACAGGUAUGGGUUCAACAGCCACGGGCAUGCAGUGGUGGAGCACAGACUUCAAGCCCGACGAGAAACUCAGCUUCAGCUCAGCUCAGCGGGUAUGCCUCUUGGAAUAAAUCUUGGCAAGAACAAGGCCUCUGUGGAUGCAGCAGCCGACUACGUGGCAGGUGUGCGGGUACUGGGCCCGCUGGCCGAUUACCUGGUGGUGAACAUUUCCAGCCCCAACACGCCUGGACUGCGGGCCCUUCAAGGCAAAGCGGAGCUGCGCCUCCUGUUGGCCAAGGUGCUGGCUGAGAGGGACGCUUUGGCAUGCAAGCACAAGCCGGCUGUACUGGUGAAAAUUGCUCCAGACCUCACAGCCCAAGACAAGCAGGACAUUGCCAGUGUUGUCUCCGAGUUAGGCGUUGAUGGACUGGUGGUCACCAACACCACUGUGAGCCGCCCCAGCACCUUGCGUGCAGCUCUUCGUGAGGAGGUAGGGGGUCUAAGCGGAGCUCCCCUGCGAGACCUCUCCACUCAGCUGGUCAGCGAGAUGUACUCUCUCACCCAGGGACGGGUCCCCAUCAUUGGUGUAGGUGGAGUCUCCAGCGGGCAAGAUGCCUUGGACAAGAUCCGUGCAGGGGCCUCCUUGGUGCAGAUGUACACUGCCCUCACCUACCGUGGGCCACCUGUGGUGGGUGUUGUGAAACAGGAGCUGGAGGCUCUGUUAAGGGAGCAAGGAUUCCAGAGUGUGCAGGAUGCUGUGGGUGCAGAUCAUGGCCUCUGAGGACUCCUGGCAUGGGCUUAGUGUGACAGCAGGGACUCUGUGGGCAUAGAGAUGCUUGUUUGCCCAGGUCAGCGUGGUAGCAUCCAGCAUGUUUCUGCUCGUAGUCUUGCUGGCCCCCUCGUCUUCCCUUACAUGAGGGCAGGGGGGCUUCCAUCAAGAUCUGCUGGGUCCAUUGUUUUUCCAGCAAGGAACAAAAAAGUGCCUCCCUUAAGAGCUUCACAGUGUACUUCUUAAUACAAACUUUUGCUGACCAGCAGGUACUAAGUGUGAGCAAACAUUGACACAAGUCAAGUAGGCCAGGCUUGGGCUGGCUUCUUUAAUCGGAAACUAUCAAGCAACACAGAGGGCUAGGAUCUGUGCAUAUCCUCAGGCAAGACAAAGUCAAGGAAUUCCCCUCAUCUGCUGAGACCCAACAGAGUCAGGUCUGCAGUGUGAUUCAGUCUCUCUCAGAUGGAAUUAAGGAAAAUGGGAGUAUGGCAGAAAUAUUUUCUCUGUUUCAUCCCAGAGCCCCACUCUUGAACUUAGGAUGCUGAGGAUGGGGGCACGAUCAGCAUUGCUCUGAGGGGGCUGUGGGAUUUUGUUCCCUGCCUUGCCUUCAGAGGAAGGUGGAUCUUUUUCUGGGUGGUAUUUCAAUAAAGCUUUUCUUUAAACUUGU